AUGGAAAUUGAAGAAGGAAAGUGGCAACAUCAAGCUCACGAGAACAUCGAUAAAUAUUUACACAGAGGUGGUGAUGGAAAAGGAAAUGAGCCGCAACUGCUUUACGGUUCAAAUUUAUAUAAUACAAUAGGCAUAGCAAUGGGUUUACCUCUUCGCGAUCCGACAGUAUUUUCACAUGAAGAGUUUGAACAAGCUGAAAAAGGAGAAUUAGUUUUUUUCGAUUCGGAAUCGCUUAAGGCUAUACAUAUAGUAGCUUUUGGGAUACGAGUAGCUUGUAAUGGAGAUUCUAAGGUUUAUUUAACGGUUGUACCGAUUGAGCUAUACUAUGAAAACAAACUGUAUGAAGUACCAGUAUUCAAAGUGCAUCGCUAUCACCACUCAAAAAUAUAUUACGUUGAUAAUAUUGGAAGACAUUACGACAGCUUUGAUGAUUGGAAGAAUAAUAAUAAACUGCCACCAUGUAAAAUAAUAUAUCCGCAAAAUCUUGAAUUAACAUCGGAUGGUCAACAUACUCUCGUUUCUCCCCCCUAUGAGCCUCCAUCAGCGCAAACUGAGACUAAAGUAUUGCAUGGGAUCGAUAUUGCUGCUGGAAUUUUGGGGAUUGGGUCUGCUAUUGGUUUAAUGGUAGUUUCAGGACCAGCGGCACCCUUUCUAGCAAUAGUAGGUAUUGCUAGUGCAAUUUGGGGAACAUCUAGAGCUAUUAAUGAUUUGGUUGAUCGAGGAGAACAUGGGCAAUCUAUUGAUCCUUUCACUGAUUCAACUGCAAGAAUGCUAUGGCUUGGUAUCGCAGCAUCUAUAGCUAGUUUUGGAGCUAUGGGUGCUACUAUGAGACUCUCCUCUCUAGUUGCUCGUGGUAUACAAGUAUCAAAUGCUUUAAAAAUAUUAACUAAUGUCGUGAAUGGAGUAAGCAUAACACUUAACUCAGCUGCUAUUGUAAACAAUAGUAUAUACUUGAUUCAACAUAUACAUGAAAUGUCACUUGCCGACAUUCUUCUUAACGUCGCAUUACUUGCUUUUUGGACAAAAGGUACUUUUGCAUUCAAAAGAUCGAGUGUCAUUAUUUCAGAAGCGCAUGACCGUGCUUUCGCUUCUAUAAGCCAAGAAUUACCCCCAGAAACUAGAAGCUUUUUUUCAGAGUUCAGGAGUAGAGUACAGGAGAUGUUAAACAUAGAUGAAAUAGAACUUUUACAGUUAUUCAAAAGAGCAAGUGAAUCUAAUAUAUCUAUUCGUGAAUGUGCUGAAUUCUUGAUAGAUGGAAUGCAUUACUAUGACACAGUACCAAAACUUACUUCAGAUCAAAUUGAAUCGCUAUCCAGUUUACGAGACUUCAUACAGGACGAUUUACAACUACUUUACGGUCUGCAAAGAAUUUCUACAGCAGCAGGUUCUGAUAGAGAACAAACAUUGCGAUUAGUACUUGAACUAUGGGAUCGAUACGUUAUUAGUAAUCGACCAAAUACAGAUGAUGCGCAUUUUAUACCUGGCUAUAUAGUGUUAGGCCAUGCUCCUCCAAUUGAAAUAACACAAUUAGAAAACCUAUCACCAUCACUCAUUAGAUUUGUUGGUGAACAUUUGAGUACAAUACAUACAGAUGCGAUUCACGAGUGGUCGAUUACAGAAUUAACGUCUCUUCAAAACCGUGGUCUUUUCAUUGAAUGCCCUGUUACUGGAAUUAAAGCUGGAUAUGCCACUGUUUCAUUAAAAGGUUGUUUGGACAUAAGCUUGAGGAAACUUGAUUCCUUCCCAGAAGAUACUUGUUUAACAAUUUUGAAAAUGAUUGGAAGACUGAGUGAAGAACAAACUAGUUCCAGUUCUAAACUACCCUCUGAAGUUGUUAAAACUUGCGUAUCUAAGAAUAGAUUACGGUUUGAAGUUCAUAGAAAGGAAAGUGUAGAAUGGGCUCUUCAAUCUGUAGCUCGUUAUCCAGAGUUAACUGAAAUAAUCAACUCUGAUCUAAUGCCACAUGAAAGGGAUAGAUUGUAUACUUUUAAAACAGAAGCGAGCGCUAAAGAAGUAGAAUCCAUUAAUAAAACGCCCUAUAUGGAUCAGAUGAUGGAUUUUGUUCACGAAAUGAAUCCAAAAAAUGUAAGUGAACUUGUUGCUUACAGUGAAUUUGUAAUGACCUACGUUGACGAGAAGAUAGCAUUGUUAGAAAAGGACAUUCGAGAUGGCAAAGAAAUAUUACCUCAUAAUAUGAAAAAGAAACCUUGGUUGCGUAAAAAAGCUGUUGAAAAAGCGUUUACAAAUGUCCAGGAAAUGAGAGACAAAUUUACUGAGCUAAUGACAAUUGUAGAAGAAAAUGACAUGGCUGGAAUUCAAAUAGUAGACAAAGGCCUUUCCGAUGAAGCGUUGGUAUCUGCAAUUCGUUCACAUAGAAUACGAUUUGGUGGUAAAGUUUCAGCUGCGUACCAUAUCUACAAACAUCCUACUGAUCCUUCUUCAGCAUACAUUGAACAAGCAAACCAAACGAUCGGGAAUUCCGAAUAUCAUGUGUCAUUGGGCCAAGAAGGUGACUCAAGGAUAAUUAUGUUCAACGAUCCAGAUGGAGGCAACGCCGUAGUUCUUGAAAAAGAUGGGCGAGUUUUACUUUGUUCCUUCAGGGCAGGAGGCAGAAAGUAA